GAGGAACACUCUACAUUAGAGAGUAAAGCCGUGCCUAGUAGUGUUGAUCAGCAAACAGCUGACCGAGAUGAGCUCUUUGUUGACGAUUUACGCAUGGGCGACCCCAACGGCAAGAAAGCUGGUCCUGGAAACUGGGUUUUUGUCCAUGUCACUGCAAGCCUUAAGGAGAAUGGGAAGGUUUUCUGUUCCACUGAUGGAGAACCACCUGCUAAGAUUCGUCUAGGUCAUAGACAUGUCAUUGAAGGAGUGGAUGUUGGCGUUAAUGGCAUGCGUGUUGGUGGCAAAAGAAAGCUUACAAUUCCUCCAGCAAUGGGGUUUGGUGCGGAAGGUCUUGGCGACAUGAUUCCUCCUGACGCAUGGGUGGUGUAUGAUGUCGAACUGAUUAGUGUUAAUGAAUAAAAAAGAUUGAAAUGAAUCCAUGCAUGCAUGAUGAGGUUUUUUUAGGUGUGAUCUAGCUUUCUUGUAUUGUGAGUUUUCUUGCUUUAUUGUAUGUAUUUCGUGGACUUGCUGACCUAUUUACUUUUUGAUUACAAAAAAAAAAACGA